UCUAUGUAUAAAAGGAAUUGCAAUGUCGAUGACAGUAAAAUUUCGUAAGAAACUUGAAACAAACCACUACAAAAUGUUCAGCGCAAAAUACUUGAUCGUUGUAGCCUUACUGGUGUUCUGUCUAGUCUGCCAAGAGGCUGUGGAGGCACAUUUCCUCGGCAAAGUUGAACACGAUGUGCACAAGGCCGCCGAAAAGGUGGACAAGGUAGCUAAGACUAUUGCUAAAGCGAAGGGCGCCAUUGCCGCUGGUACUGCUGUGGCUGGAAUUAUUGCCGGUGCUGCAGCUGUUGCUUAAAUAACUGAAGCUGACUAUGACUAUUUUUCAAAGCUCAAUAAAUAAAAUGUAAAGAAUGGAGCAAAAAUCUUUUGGUUUUUAUACAAAUUUCUGCCGACAACAUCUCCGUUCUCAAUUUACCAGUUCAAUCCAGCCUAAACCAUGGAGAUGAAAGUUUUUGCUCCGUUUCCCCCACACAAUAUUGUAGAACUGAAUGCGACG